GAGGCGGAACGGGAGCCCCGGCCUGAGGAGCUCAAAAGUCUCCUUUUCCCCACUUUCUGCACUCCCCGUGUGACAUGAAAACUGGGGCGAAUUAUCUGUCAGAUCAUAUAUUUGAAAAAGUAAAUCCUGAGAUGGAAAAGCUGGGAUAUGAGUGCAAGUGCCUUGGAGGAGGGAAAAUUGAACAUAAUAGUAAAGACAAGAAAAUCAGGGUAUUUGGGCUCUCAACAGGCUAUGGAAAAGCAGAUCACUCAGUGACUGUAGAGAUACUGAAGAAAGAGUAUACAGAUUAUGAAAUUACAUGGUCAGAUGACAAGAAGUAAACUUGUGAACACAACAAGCAGUUCCAAACUGGCUCCCCCGGGAAGUCGUGGAGUCUCCCUCUCUGGAAACGUUCCAAAUCCACCGGGACGCGUCGCUGUCACCAGCUCUGGGUGACGCUGCCUUGGCAGAGGGGUUGGACCGGAUGAUCUCCAGAGCUCCCUUCCAACCCUAACUAUUCUGUAAUUUCAAAAACCCGCUCUCUAGCCGCUUAAGUUUACUAAAACACAGCGUCACCCGUG